AUGGGGAACAAAGUAGUUACAUUUACGGAACAGCAACUUGAGGAUUACCAGGACUGUACAUUUUUCACAAGGAAGGAAAUACUCAGAGUAUUCAAACGUUUCAGAGAAGUGAAUCCUGACCUGAUUCCGAAGCGGAUGACAGGUGACCAGGCGCACACUAUUGCUGUACCGGUGGAUCAAAUAGAACAACUACCUGAGUUGAAGGAGAACCCGUUCAAGCGCCGCAUCUGUCAGGUGUUCUCCCACGAUGGCAAGGGGAACCUCACCUUUGAAGACUUCCUCGAUAUGAUGUCAGUGUUCAGUGAAGCUGCCCCGAGGGACAUCAAGGCUUGGUACGCCUUCCGUAUCUACGAUCUAGACAACGACAUGUACAUUGGCCGAGAGGACCUCCUUGAGGCGACGAGGCUCCUCACCAAAGAUGAACUGCAUCCCCAAGAGAGAGAGGAAAUUGUUGCCAGUGUUCUGGACGAGGCGGACGUGGACGGCGACGGGAAGCUGUCAUUUAUGGACUUCGAACAUGUAGUGGUGCGAGCCCCGGAUUUUUUAUCAACAUUUCAUAUAAGAGUGUAA